AGCCCCAUCUUUUCCGCACGUACAUAAAUGCAUUCCCUCGCAACAGUGCUCGAUUCAUAGCCCCAUCUUUUCCGCACGUACAUAAAAGAAGGAAUAUCAGGGACGCGUCCGUUGAUAAUUGCCUCCGUUCUUCGACUCGUCAAUGGAGGGAGGAGAUGUCUACAGAGUGAACAGGAGCCUGCGUGCGAGUGCCUCCGGGGCAUGGAGGAACCGUGGGAUGGACGAGGCGUUCUCGGGGUCCCUAUCACGCCGAGGCGACGAGGAUGAGGACGACGAGGAAGCUCUCAAAUGGGCCGCCCUUGAGCGGCUCCCCACAUUUGACCGCCUGAGGAAGGGCAUCCUGACCACCUCGCGUGGCGGAGGGGAUGAGGUCGAUGUGCUGAACCUCGGCUUCCAGGAGAAGAAGAAGUUGCUCGAGAGGUUGGUGAGGGUGGCCGAAGAGGACAAUGAGAGCUUCUUGUUGAAGCUAAAGAACCGCAUCGCAAGAGUGGGAAUUGAUCUUCCUAAAAUUGAAGUGAGAUAUGAGCAUUUGAAUGUGGAGACAGAGGGUUUUGUAGGAAGCAGAGCUUUGCCCAAUUUUAUUAACUUCGGUCUCAAUUUUGUAGAGGGCAUCUUGACUUCCCUGCACAUCCUCCCUAGCAGAAAGAAACACUUGACUAUCCUGAAAGAUGUUAGUGGGAUCAUCAAACCUGGCAGGAUGACAUUGCUUUUAGGUCCUCCUAGUUCGGGGAAGACCACACUUCUGUUAGCUUUGGCCGGCAAGCUUGACCCCAAACUGAAGACGACAGGAAAGGUUACUUACAAUGGACAUAGCUUCAAUGAGUUUGUGCCCCAAAGAACUGCGGCCUAUAUAAGUCAACAUGAACUUCACAUUGGAGAAAUGACAGUAAGAGAAACUCUGGCCUUCUCUGCAAGAUGUCAGGGGGUCGGAACUCGAUAUGAUAUGUUGGCAGAGCUAUCGAGAAGAGAGAAAGCAGCAAAUAUAAAACCAGAUCUUGAUAUCGAUGUCUACAUGAAGGCUGCAGCAAUGCCAGGUCAGGAGGCCAGCGUUGUGACAGAUUAUGUUCUCAAGAUUUUGGGGCUGGAAGCUUGUGCAGAUACCAUGGUUGGAGAUGAAAUGAUCAGGGGUAUUUCCGGAGGACAAAGGAAGCGUGUGACCACAGGUGAGAUGCUGGUCGGGCCCGCAACAGCAUUCUUCAUGGAUGAGAUAUCUACUGGGCUGGAUAGCUCGACCACGUACCAAAUAGUGAAGUCCCUGAAGCAACUCAAUCACAUUUUCGAAGGCACGACCGUUAUUUCCCUUCUCCAGCCAGCUCCAGAGACUUACAAUAUGUUUGAUGACGUUAUUCUACUAUCUGAUGGCCAGAUCGUGUACCAGGGUCCUCGUGAGCAGAUCCUAGAUUUCUUUGAAUCCAUGGGAUUCAAAUGCCCCGAGAGGAAGGGUGUUGCCGACUUCUUGCAAGAAGUAACAUCGCGGAAAGAUCAGCAGCAAUUUUGGGCACGUAAAGAUGAGCCUUACACUUUUGUCGCAGUUUGGGAGUUCGCAGAGGCAUUCCAUUUGUUUCACUUGGGAAGGAAACUCAGGGACGAACUUUCCACUCCUUUUAAUCGAAGCGAGAACCACCCAGCUGCUUUGACUACCGAAAAAUAUGGUGUCGGAGUAAAGGAUUUGCUGCGAGCUUGUGCCUCAAGAGAACUCUUGCUUAUGAGGAGAAACUCCUUCGUUUACAUUUUCAAGAUCUUUCAGCUCACGGUUGUCGCGUGUGUUGUGAUGACCCUCUUCUUUCGGACUAAGAUGCCUCGGGAUACCGCAAUUGAUGGAGGGCUUUACAUUGGCGCAUUGUUCAUCACUCUCGAUAUGAUCAUGUUCAACGGAAUGGUGGAGAUUAGCAUGACAAUUGCCAAGCUCCCGGUUUUCUACAAGCAGAGGGAUCUCCUCUUUUACCCGGCAUGGGCAUAUGCUCUUCCAAAUUGGAUUUUAAAGAUCCCUAUCACCUUUGUGGAGGUUGCAGUUUGGGUGUUCACGACCCACUAUGUCAUCGGAUUUGAUCCACAUGUUGAUAGAUUGUUCAGGCAGUACCUUUUGCUUGUGCUCGUUCAGCAAAUGGCAUCAGCCUUAUUUCGGACAAUUGGGGCAGUGGGUAGAAACAUAAUUGUUGCCAACACAUUGGGGACAUAUUUUCUUUUCAUUUGCGUUGCAUCAAGUGGUGUUACUCUUUCAAGAGAGGAUAUAAAGAAAUGGUGGAUUUGGGCUUAUUGGGUAUCACCCCUAAUGUACGGCCAGAAUGCGCUAGAUACUAAUGAGUUUUUAUCAUCAAACUGGAACCAGGUUCCCUUCAAUUCAAGUUCCAAUGAAACACUAGGAGUUCAAUCUUUGAAGUCACGUGGAGUUUUUACCCAUGCCUCCUGGUAUUGGAUCGGAGUUGGGGCAGAGUUGGGAUACAUUUUGCUCUUCAACAUCACGUUUUCGAUGGCUCUCACUUUCCUUAACGCCUAUGGCCGAUCUCAGGCACUAAAAUCAGAAGAUCAUCAAAGCAAUGAAAAUGAUCAUAGAGAAGGAGGAUUGGUUCAGUUGGCGUCUCGGGGUUCUAGUCACCAACAAGCACCUGUGAGUUCACCCAGAUCCUCGUCUACAAGUCCCCAGAUGGCCGGCAUGACUAAUAGGAAAAGAGGAAUGGUCCUGCCAUUUGAGCAACACUCCAUCACUUUCGAUGAAAUCAAGUACUCAGUUGAUAUGCCACAGGAAAUGAAGAGUCAAAGUGUUCUCGAGGAUAAAUUAGUGCUCUUAAGGAGUGUAAGUGGUACUUUUAGGCCUGGUGUUCUCACAGCUUUGAUGGGUGUCACAGGUGCUGGUAAAACUACUUUGAUGGAUGUGUUGGCUGGCAGAAAAACUGGAGGAUACAUCGAAGGAAACAUAAUGAUUUCCGGGUAUCCAAAGAAGCAAGAGACAUUUGCUCGGAUUUCUGGCUACUGUGAACAAAACGACAUCCAUUCACCUCAUGUCACGGUCUAUGAGUCAUUGAUUUACUCUGCAUGGUUGCGCUUACCUGCUGACAUCGACACUGAAACCAGAAAGAUGUUCAUUGGGGAAGUCAUGGAGCUUGUGGAACUAAAUCCACUGCAACAAGCCUUGGUCGGUUUGCCUGGUGUCAAUGGUCUUUCUACAGAGCAACGAAAAAGGCUAACCAUAGCGGUUGAACUAGUAGCAAACCCCUCCAUUAUUUUCAUGGACGAGCCCACAUCUGGGCUCGAUGCAAGAGCUGCUGCUAUUGUCAUGAGAACAGUAAGGAAUAUAGUGGAUACAGGGAGAACUAUUGUGUGCACCAUCCACCAGCCCAGCAUUGACAUAUUUGAAGCUUUUGAUGAGCUUCUCCUAUUGAAACGAGGUGGGCAAGAGAUAUAUGUUGGUCCGUUGGGUCGUCAUUCUUGUCAUCUAAUCGAGUACUUUGAGGGAAUCCGAGGAGUUAGAAAAAUUGAAGACGGUUAUAAUCCAGCAACUUGGAUGCUUGAAGUCACAACACCAGCACAAGAACUUGCCCUGGGGAUUGAUUUUGCUGAUUUCUACAAAAAUUCGGACUUGUACAGGAGAAACAAGGCUUUGAUCAAAGAAUUGAGCGUACCACCUCCUAAUUCCAAGGAUCUCUACUUCCCCACUAAGUAUUCACAGUCAACUUUCACCCAACUCAUCGCUUGCUUAUGGAAACAACAUUGGUCUUACUGGCGCAACACAAACUAUACAGCCGUUCGGCACCUCUUCACAAUCCUCGUGGCCUUAACUUUCGGGAGUAUGUACUGGGAUACCGGAUCUAAAACGAACCGAACACUAGACGUAAUUAAUGCAAUGGGCUCAAUGUAUGCCAGCUCUAUUUUUCUUGGGGUCCAAAAUGCAUCUCCUGUGCAACCAGUUGUAUCGGUGGAAAGAACAGUUUUUUAUAGAGAGCGAGCUGCCGGGAUGUAUUCAGCCGUGGCAUAUGCUCUAGCGCAAGUUCUGAUUGAAGUCCCCUACAUCGUUGCACAAGUCAUAACAUACACCCUCAUAGUUUAUCCGAUGAUUGGAUUCGAAUGGACAGCUGAAAAGUUUUUCUGGUUUUUGUUCUUCGAGCUCUUCACUAUGAUGUCAUUCACCUUCUUUGGCAUGAUGGCAGUAGGCUUGACCCCUAACCAUCAUAUCUCCAGCAUCAUUUCCUUUGCAUUCUUCUGUCUAUGGAACGUCUUCUCGGGGUUCCUAAUGCCACGAACCAGGAUGCCUGUUUGGUGGAGAUGGUUCUAUUGGGCAUGCCCAGUUGCUUGGACUUUAUACGGGUUGGUGGCCUCGCAGUAUGGUGAUGUGGAGGACAUGCUUGAGGACUAUGGCGGUUCAGUGAAACAAUACAUCAAAGAUUACUUGGGUUUCAGACACAACUUCCUAGGGGUGGCCGCCGGCAUGAUCGUCAUGUUCCCCAUUCUCUUUGCUUGCAUUUUCACUGUUUCCAUCAAGGUGCUCAAUUUCCAGAGGCGAUAAAAGUUUUUUAGCAUUCGUUUUGACUUACGGCACAUGGCUAAUAGCAUUACCAUCGCCAAUCGAAGAGGCGUGGGUUCUGCACUCAUGUUAUGAACAGGAGCCUUGCAGAGAUCAUUUCCAGUUUGAACUACUGAUUUUAAUGAAGGGCAACUGAUUAUGAGUCAGUCAGUCCUAA